GUGGAAAAACGGCUUGAUUUGUAUAUGGACUAAUCUGUCAAUGUAACUUUCACAUCGAGUGAAACGAGUAUCUUUCAAGAAGAGGAAUCGUAUCGACUCUUUCGUGGUAUUGCUAUUUAAUUAAAAAAGAAAAAGAGGAGAGACAAGAAGCAGGAAGAAAAUAAAAGAAGAAGAAAGGGGAAAAGAAGGAAGAAAAGCAAGCAAUUCAAUUAAUGGAGAUCGCUCCUUGUGAUGCUGGCCAUUCCUCCGAAUUGCCGUAACGAAAACUGAUUGCGUUUGGAUCGAGCUCACAUAAGUCUAGUGGAAUCGUUUAUCCCUAUCAAAACGGUUGGAUAUCAUCCAUCGCGGAGAAACUUCGCAAUCCAAGAGAGGAGAUGGAGAAUUCUGAAGAGCCAACAAGUUUGCAAUCCAUCUGUCAUUUACAUGCUUCGGAAUUAUUUCCAAAGCAUACACACUUCGAAUGCGAAGAUCAAACGCUUACUGUUCCAUUUACACUCUUGAGUGGGGAGUUCAUUGUAGCGCUUGGACGUACGUCGGAUGGAGUGUUGGCUCUUUCUAAUUACAGACUCUAUUUACAAUUAAAUCAAGCAUGUUACAAUAUCCCAUUGGGUUUAAUAGAACAGUUAGAAGUUAAAGAGAUCUUUUUCCUGCAUAUUGGUUGCAAGGAUGCUCGUUCCCUAAGUUGUGUCUUUGCCACGAACGAACAUUGUUUGGAGUGGUUUAAACGAUUACACAAGGUGACUUAUCCACGAAAGAGUAUAGAGGAUAUAUUUGCUUUUGCGUAUUAUGCUUGGUCUGUUGAGGAAGGUAAAGAUAAUUCCAAAUUGGGAAAAGAUAGCAUGUCGUAUAAUACUACCUUUAAUUCAGAAGUAGAACGACUGAAAUUUAAUUUGCAUGGCACAUGGCGCAUAAGUCAAAUCAAUAAAGAUUACCGCAUCUGUCCAUCCUAUCCACCAUUGCUUCUGGUUCCUUCUUGCAUUCCUGACGAUAGUCUCGAGGUUGUAGCAAAGUUUAGAAGUUUUCGACGGAUCCCUGCCGUUGUUUGGAGGCACGUGAACAAUGGCGCAGUAAUAGCACGAAGCAGUCAGCCGGAAGUUGGAUGGCUUGGUUGGCGGAGUCCGGAUGACGAACAUCUUUUGAAAGCCCUCUCCGAUGCAUGUUCCUAUGAUAAAGGUGAAUCGACAAUGAUGGAUUCAUCUAUCAUCUACCCAGAUAAUGGCGAUGACGGUGUUACGUCGAAUAAAACAAAAAAAGUUUUAAUUGUGGACGCUAGAUCGUAUACAACUGCGGUAGCGAAUAGAGCGCGUGGUGGUGGAUGCGAAUGUCCCGAAUAUUAUCCCAGUUGCGAUAUACAAUUCAUGAAUCUACCAAAUAUUCACUCAAUACGAAAGAGUUUUCAUGCUGUGAGACAGCUUUGUGCGUCGGAUGCAGAUCAGCCCAAGUAAAAUAUUCUCUUCGUCUACUACCUUUUUUUUUUCAUAUCGA